GGUGCUCACCGAAAAGAUUUAAUUUCAGAUGUCAUAAUGAGUGCCAAUGAUCAAGAAGGGGUUAGGGGGGAUGGCAGGACAUCAUACGAAGAGGCAGGAAGAGGUAGCAGGAAAUCCUAUGGAGAAUCAGGAAGGGGAGGCAGGAAAUCCUAUGAAGAGGCAGGAAGAGGUGGCAGGAAGGAAUAUGAUGCUGAAGGACGAGGAAGCAGGAAUGGUGGCUGGAGACAAAAAAGAAAGAAAGCUGAUCUCACGAAGGAAGUGAACAAGGAUGACAUGAAAGUUCGUGAAAGUGUGUUGGCAGUUACGACCGUCAUUACAGAAGUGAAGGUACAUUUAAAGAAUGUAUUCCCAGUGGUGUUUUCCUUUCAGGUUUUGGUCCUUAAUUUAAAGUACUGUCAAUGGGGAAGUAAAUUGCUAUUGUUAAAUUUUGAAUGUUGAAUUUGAAAAUUUUUUUAAAG